CUGGGAGAUCAACAAUACAAUGACAUCCCUCAACGAUAGAAUAGCUGAUACAAUGGUCAAGCUCAAGUUAUACGACAAUUGGACUGAUGAAACUAACCAACAAGUAAGACAAGAAAGGGAAUUCUGGUACUUGGAGACAAUAAAGAUAACAUCGGAGGAUACUGGUCACGUUAACGAGCAAUUCGUUCAGAAUCUUGAUGAUCAUUUCUACGAACUGGGACUAGAAAUCGGAUCUGCUUUCAAUGGUCAAGAAUUACCUGUUGAACUUUACAGGUUUAACGAGACUCUAGCACGUUUAUUUACCAAUAGAGAUGGUCUCGGUGCCACCAUGAUGGGUACAGUAAGCGAGACAUCACAAAAGAGCUUCGAUGUUGAAGGCCUUCAUGAUGGUGUACAAUAUGGUGUGGAUUCGACGUUGGUUGUUAAGUCGAUAUCAAAAGUACUACUGCUGAAGUUGAAGAAGUUGAGGGAGCUGAUAGGUUCGAAGGAUCUCUCACAUAUGGAGUUGAGACUAUUGGAUAGCAUACUGGUCCAAAAUCUUUCACAUAGAAUGCUAAAGCCAUAUCACGACCUACUAUUCAAAAGGGCGUCGUAUCAUUUGACCAAGUUGUAUUAG